CAAAAAUCUCUGACUUUUCUUUGACUCACUUCACAAGCUUCCUUUGAUAAAUCAAAACGCUUAUCUGAAAACACGCACGCACAAGCCAUUGAUAUCUGUGUCGGUGAACGACCGUGAAAACUUUCUGGGUUUUUCGAUUUCCAGAAAAAGCUUUGUGGGUUCUUCAAUUUGCAUAAAAAGCUAUGUGGGUUUUCGAUUUUUGAUCUGGUUUUGAAGGAAAAUCGUGUAAAGGUUGAAGCUUUUCAGUGUGAAUCGAUGGGAAGGAGAAGCUAGCUGAAAUGGGUUCGUUGGAAAGUGGGGUCCCGUCGAAGAGGGACCCACUUGGGCGGUCUUCAUCGAACGGCAGAAGCCCUUUUUUGCAGAGACCCAGAUCGAAGUUUUCAAGGUUUCUGCUCCUGAAGAGGCUGGAUUACCUCCAGUGGAUUUGCACUGUGGCUGUGUUUCUGUUCUUUGUGGUGCUGUUCCAAAUGUACUUGCCUGGUUCGGUGAUUGAAAACGAAAAGUCAGAGGAUUUGAUGAAGAAUGUGGGAUGGAGUUCGGAGGAUUUGAGGUUUUUGAAGGACUUGGGAUUGUUGGAUUUUGGGGAAGACAUUAGAUUUGAGCCUUCAAAGCUUUUGGAGAAAUUCCAGAAGGAAGCUAGAGAGGCUAGUCUCUCUCCUGCUUUCAACAGGACGCGACAGCAACGUUUUGGGUACAGAAAACCUCAGCUUGCAAUCGUUUUUGCAGAUCUGUCGGUCGAUUCACAACAGUUACUGAUGGUGACUGUUGCAGCUGCAUUGCAGGAGAUUGGAUACACGCUUUCGGUUUAUUCACUUGAAGAUGGUCCUGUGCAUGACAUUUGGAGAGGUUUAGGAGUUCCGGUCAGCAUGAUCCAAAACACUGAUCAGCCAGAGCUUAAUGUAGACUGGCUAAAUUAUAACGGCAUACUUGUGAACUCUCUUGAAGCAAAGGGCAUCUUUUCUUGUUUUCUGCAGGAGCCUUUCAAGUCUUUACCUAUAAUAUGGACUAUCCAUGAACAGGCACUUGCUGCUCGAUCAAGAAAGUACUCUUCAAAUAUGCAGAUUGAACUUUUAAAUGAUUGGAAAAGACUCUUCAGCCGAUCUGCUGUUGUUGUCUUCCCAAAUCAUUUUCUGCCGAUGAUUUACUCGGUAUUUGAUGCUGGAAACUUUUUUGUUAUUCCGGGUUCUCCUGCCGAAGCUUGCAAGGCAGAUUCUCUAAUGGAUUCAGACAAAAAUAAUCUGCGUGCCAGGAUGGGUUUUGAGUCUGAAGACGUUGUAAUUACAAUUGUGGGAAGCCAAUUUUUGUAUAGGGGCUUGUGGCUGGAACAUUCCAUUGUUCUACGGGCUGUACUACCGCUUUUGGAGGAUUCCUCAUUGGUUAACAAUUCUUAUUCUCAUCUCAAAAUCAUUGUUUUGAAUGGAGACUCAGCAAGUAACUACAGUUUGGUCGUUGAGGCCAUUGCUCACAGUUUGAAGUACCCAAGUGGCAUUGUGAAGCAUGUAGCUGUUGAUAUGGAUGCAGACAAUGUUCUCAGUAUGUCUGAUGUUGUGAUAUAUGGAUCCUUCCUUGAAGAGCAAUCAUUUCCAGACAUUUUAGUCAAAGCGAUGUGCCUUGAGAAACCAAUUGUUGCCCCAGAUCUCUCCAUGAUCAGGAAACAUGUUGAUAAUAGAGUGAAUGGCUACCUUUUUCCGAAGGAAAAUAUUGGGGCUCUUUCGCAAAUCCUUCUGCAAGUUAUUUCAAAAGGAAAGUUAUCACCUCUAGCUCACAGUAUUGCCUCGAUAGGGAGAGGUACUGCAAAAAGCCUAAUGGUGUCUGAAACUGUCGAAGGAUAUGCUUCACUUCUCGAAAAUGUUCUCAUGCUUCCGUCAGAAGUUGCACUGCCCAGGGAUGUUGUAAAAAUCCCUCCCAAAUUGAAAGAAAGAUGGCAAUGGCACUUAUUUGAAGCAGUAUCAAAUUCAACAUACUUAGAUAGAAAUUUGAGAAGUAAUGCAUUUUUGGAUGAUUUCGAGGAGCAGUACAAUCGUACUCAAGAAGAGAGGUUGAAUGCCACCUCUGCAACCAAUUAUUCAUUUAUAUAUAGUAUAUGGGAGGAAGAAAAAUACAUUCAGAUGGUUAGUACCAAGAGAAGAAGAGAGGAAGAAAUGUUAAAGGAUAGAAGUGUUCAAUCGCAUGGAACAUGGGAGGAAGUGUAUCGAAAUGCCAAAAGAAUUGAUCGCUCCAAGAAUGAUUUGCAUGAAAGGGAUGAAGGGGAGCUUGAAAGGACAGGCCAACCAUUGUGUAUAUAUGAACCUUACAUUGGUGAGGGAACCUGGCCUUUCUUACACCUAAAAUCUCUUUAUCGCGGAAUCGGACUGUCCACCAAAGGUCGAAGACCUAGGGCUGAUGAUGUUGAAGCACCUUCUCGUCUUCCACUUCUUAACAAACCUUAUUAUCGAGAUGUACUUGGUGAACAUGGAGCAUUCUUUGCCAUUGCAAACCGAAUUGACCGUAUACAUAAGAACGCAUGGAUAGGGUUUCAGUCUUGGAGAAUAACAGCGAGGAAGGCUUCGUUAUCUGGAAUAGCUGAAAAUGAAUUGUUAGAAGCUAUUCAAACACGAAGGCAUGGAGACACACUCUACUUUUGGGCACGCAUGGAUGAUGAUCCACGAAAUCCUCUGAAACAAGAUUUUUGGUCAUUCUGUGAUGGUAUAAAUGCUGGAAAUUGCAAGUUUGCUUUUUCGGAGGCUCUUAAAAGGAUGUAUGGCGUAAACUACAAUUUGGAAUUUAUACCGCCCAUGCCUGUGGAUGGGGACACGUGGUCUGUCAUGCAUAGCUGGGCUUUGCCAACGAAGUCCUUCCUAGAGUUUGUAAUGUUUUCUAGAAUGUUUGGAGAUGCAAUGGAUGCACAAAUGUAUGAUGAACACCAUUCAAGUGGCCGCUGUUAUUUGAGUUUGUCAAAAGACAAACAUUGCUAUUCACGGCUUCUUGAGUUACUCAUAAAUGUUUGGGCGUACCACAGUGCGAGGCGGAUGGUAUAUGUGCACCCUGAGACUGGUGUGAUGCAGGAGCAACAUAGGUUCAAGAGCAGGAAAGGUCAUAUGUGGAUCAAAUGGUUCUCAUACUCCACCCUAAAGAGCAUGGACGAGGACUUGGCGGAGGAAUCAGAUCUUGAGCACCCCACAAGGCGGUGGUUGUGGCCAUCAACAGGCGAGGUCUUCUGGCAAGGUAUCUAUGAAAAAGAGAGACAUUUACGGCAUAAGGAGAAAGAGAAUAGGAGGAAGAAAAGUAAGGAAAAAAUAAACAGAAUAAGGAGGCGAACGCAUCAAAAAGCAAUCGGGAAGUAUGUAAAGCCCCCACCAGAAGCCACAGAUGGUACGAACAUAACAAUUGUUACGAGGAUUUAAUGGUCGAAUUUGAUUUUUACGGAUUAGGAACUCCGGAAGUAGGAGCUUAAUUUGAUUAUUCUUUUUCUCGUUGCCCUCUAGUUUUAAUUUUUGUGAGGAAGGGUGUACUUAGUUGUAAUGUGCAUGAGGUUUUGUAUGUAAAAAAGAAAAUGCACCCUUUGUUCUGGUCAUUACUGUCGACGAGUGGCGGUAAAUUUGUCAAAGUUUUUCUUUUUCUUUCUCCAAUUCCGUUUGUUCAUUCUCGGUACAUUUUUAACAAGAACGGUCGGUAAAUACGACAAGGGUGAAGUUGAAUUUUUUAUUAUUUCUGAUGCAAUUUUCAACA